UGUUCUGCUGGGACACUUCUUGUAUUCAAGAGAAAGGAAGCUUCUGAGAGAAAGAGAGGGAAUUCGAAGGUAGAGAGAGAGAGAGAGAGAGAGAGAAUGGAGAGGGAGAAAGAACUGAGGCAAUCAAAAUUCAAGAGGAUUUGUGUAUUCUGUGGGAGUAGUCAGGGAAAGAAAAGAAGCUACCAAGAUGCUGCAAUAGAGCUUGGAAAGGAGCUGGUUGCUAGGAACAUUGAUCUGGUUUAUGGAGGAGGGAGUGUCGGUUUGAUGGGUUUGGUUUCUCAAGCAGUUUAUGAUGGUGGUCGCCAUGUCAUUGGAGUCAUUCCCAAGACGCUCAUGCCUCGAGAGAUAACUGGUGAGACAGUAGGAGAAGUGAAGGCAGUAGCAGAUAUGCACGAAAGGAAGGCAGAGAUGGCUAGACAAUCUGAUGCCUUUAUUGCAUUACCUGGUGGUUAUGGGACUCUUGAAGAGCUACUUGAAGUGAUAACUUGGUCUCAACUAGGCAUACAUGACAAGCCGGUGGGAUUAUUGAAUGUGGAUGGAUACUACAAUUCCUUGUUGUCUUUCAUUGACAAAGCUGUAGAGGAAGGGUUCAUUAGCCCAAAUGCCCGGCAUAUCAUUGUCUCCGCCCCAACCGCAAAGGAAUUAGUGAAGAAAUUAGAGGGGGAGAGAAAAAUCGAGAGGUUAAGGGAAAGGUUGGGGUAGAUGCAGAGAGAGAAAGAGAAGACUUUCUACAGCGGACAACCCAUGCCCACGUUGUGGCCUACUCGAACUUUAGAUUUGCCGCAUUUUUGGAAUUGCACCUAACAUGAACCAACUCAACAAAUGUACGGUAUGGAUGUAAUUAGAUAGGCACAUUGGUGGUCCCUUUGGAUCCUUUGGAGCACAAUCCCCUUAUAUUGUGCUUUGGUGUGGCUGCAUAUGAAGAGAAAAAGGGGAGCAGGCUACUUUCAUGCUUGAAUGGAAAAGACAAAUAUAUCCGUCAAUUGAAGCAAGAAAUGUACCUAUAAACUACUAGUUAGUGCCCUUCCCCUACUAAUUGUGGGGGUAAAAAUAUCCAUGACUUCUCCUAACUUGGCAAGAUUUGAUUGGGUCACUUAAAAACACGACAAUUUUAAAACUUCAUCAUGAAAU